AUCUCAAAGCACAUCACAUUCCAGACCCUCAAUCGUUACUGAGAAUCCACCAUCAAGAUCCUGCACGCCACCUGCUUCCUAUCAAUCAGAGGACAAAAUUGCACUCCGGCAGACUUUAUUCACGCAAGACUCGAGAUGCAACUUCGGGCCAAGUCUCUCCCAGUCACACUGAAUCUCUAACCACAACAAUACCGUCCCCAUUCUACUCGACAAAGAAGCCGAUUUCCCGCGCAAGCACUUUUCUGAGACCUUCCGCGACAAUCCCCAAUCGGAUGAAGGUCUAUUCUGCAUUUAACUACCGGUCAGAUGAUUGACGUAGGCAAGGGAGCUUAUUUACUUGAGAACUGGGGAUAAAGCCAAGGAUGCCUCCACGCCGAUCUACUGCAAGAGCAGCAAGUGCUACCCCCAUCAGGAAUGCCUCUCCAGCUACCAGAUCCGUCCGUGGCGAGACUUCAGUUGCGCCAGAUUCGGCCAAACGAAGAGCACCCAGAGGUGGCUCUCAACAACCCAGCCAUAUGGAGGCCGACAUCAACAACCCAAGACUCCCUGAGGUUCAGAUCCAGCAGUCAUAUGCUUAUGGCUCCAGUAAAACUGCUGUCCUUCCCACGCAAUUGGUUGCUCGAAAGCGCAUGAAUCUCAAAGAUAUCGCCGACACCAUCGAUGCCGGUGUGGAACAGGCCAAGGAAAACCUGCAGAACCAUCUCGAGGAAGCCCAGGCUCACCUUCAGGCAGAUGCUCGAUCUGAGCGAGCGCAACGGAGGGCUUCACGUGAACGAUCGCGUGAAGGAUCGGUAGCAAGUGAUGGAGUGGACGCACGAGAGACACAACGAGUUCGAGUUGCCGCUUGGGCAGAUUCACUCGAUAGCAGUCGUCUGGAAGAGAUCGAGGAAGAGGACGGAAAUUCUCGACAGAGCACACCAGACCAGGCUUCUCACAAAGAUACUGACCCAUCGAGUUUUCCUAGUGGGAUCUUCGAUCAUAGUUACAACUAUGAACGCGGUCUUCGACGUCCCAACAUCACCAUCCGCGACAAGCCCCAGCCAUUCCCGCAACGUUUCAUGGCCAAAGUCACGUCAGGGAUACGCAGCAUUUCCCAGUCAUCAAAAAUAAUGACCCAAAGAGUGGGUGAUUGGGUCCAGGAGUUGGCCUCAGCCUGCGGCCAGGCAGUUCGCGAUCUCCCUAAGUCACCAAUUAUCUCCAUGUUAUUCACGCUAAUUGCCGGUAUCAUGCUCGCCUGCCUUCUGGGCUUCCUCUUCUGUUACACAUACACAGCCCACCUCUGCGAUCCUUUCACUGCGUCGUCUAUUGGGCAAUCGUUGCAAAGCUAUUGCGGCACCUGCGUACGGACCCCGCAUCCAAAGACCAAUGUAUCUGCAGGCGGCGGAGCGGACCUGAAGUGGUUGAACAACGCCUUGCUCAAUAUGGACUCCCGCAUGAGAUCCUUAGAGUCACAAAUCAACACGAGAAUCACCACUGAGCGCGACGGUCUAGCCAAAGAGCUCGAGGCUCUUAAGCGGCAAUACAUGGAUCUGUCUGCUCAAACGUCUAAAAAGGGUAACGGUCGAGCCACAUCAGCACACAAUACUCCCUCGCCAGUCAUGGGCAGAGUCAACUACUUUGCAGCCAACAAUGGAGCUCAAGUCAUCCUUCCCCUCACAUCACCAACCCUGCAAAAGCGUUCAAGUCUUCUGAAGAGGAUGGCACUCCGGCUUUUCGGUUCAACGGUCUAUGUGGCACAACCACCAGAAUCUGCGCUCAAAUCAUGGCACGAUGUCGGAGAUUGCUGGUGUGCAUCGGCCGCGCCUAGGGAGCAAGACUCGAUGCGUCUUGGAGUUCGUGUUGCAGGUUCGAUUUAUCCGAAAGAAUUGGUGAUAGAGAAUCAACCAAGCGGUGGGAGUCUGUCCCCAGGCACCACGCCCAAGUCUGUUGAGUUGUGGGCGGACUUUGGCCACCUCGACAGCACAGAAUGGGAAAAAUUGAACAUCAGGCAAAUGCAAGGAAACUCCCCUCUCACGUCGAACUAUGCGUUGAUUGGCCGUGGAGAAUAUGACGCUUCGGAAGAAGCACCACAUGUACAGGCUUUGGAUCUGAGCGUUAACCAAGACGAAAAUCGCUAUCAUGCGCAAACCUUUAUCUUGCGCGUUAUUUCCAACUACGGGGCCAAUCACACUUGUCUGUAUAGAGUCCGCCUGCACGGUGCGGCGAUGGAGGAGAACAUUUGACCAGUGCAUCGGACGCGAUGCUGGGGUCGUCGUGGCAGAGACAGCCGCCCCAACUUUACAACUACUGACAAAACGAUCAAGACACGGGAGAUGCCUGGAGGAAACUGCUCGGUUUAGCGCUAGGCGUCCGGUUGUACUUCUUAGGUAUCUUUUAUUGCGGCCUCGCCUUGGCAUGUGGCCACGAUCAUGAAUGAUUGACGGAUUUGCUGCUUUGACCGACGUAAUGCUCUCGUGGCAACGCGACGAUUCAGAGAAAAGGCACAUUAUGUCCCUAGACGAUAGGGACAAGCACGACAAAUGGCAUAAAUUCAGCAAAAAGGACAAAUGACAAAUGACGUGCCAGACACACUUCCUAGACCCCGUGAUCGCCAAAGAAGGACGGGGGACGCGGGGAUGUACUACUUACUGGAUGCACCUUCCUCCGAAAAGAC